AGAAACUCAGGUUAAACAUCUAAAAAAAGAUCUUGUCUCACAAUUAUAAACAGCCCGAAUGGGUCUUCCACAAAAGGCCACAGAAUCCCUAAGAAUGCAUGAGACAAUGGAAAUGACUCCUAGUGGUCUUCAGGAAAAUGGACUGUCACAGGUUCUGACUAUGGUUCUCGAAGAGCUUGGCUUGUACUACCAUCAAGAUGUGAAUGGAAUAGGUGUACUAUACAACUUGCUCCAGGCUCCCUGGCUUCAGUCUUUACUCAAGGUACACAGUUGUCUCCAGCAAUAUAUACAGCAGAGACCUCAACCUGUUUUACCGAAAGCUUGCAUCCUGUCUAAUGAGGUUGUAGGUGUAUUGCGUGAGACUACCUCUUCUGCUGACUUACGGGAGCUAAAACGCUUGCUACAAGGGCCCCACUUUAAGGCCUUGCUCUCCGCUCAUGAUAUGGUUGCACAGGCAGAUUUUGAGCCCGUUUUGCCACCACUCCCAGACAAUAUUCCUGAUAAUGAGGAGGCCAUGCGAAUUGUGUGCCUGGUGAAAAACAAGCAGCCUCUGGGGGCCACCAUUAAACGCCAUGAAAUAACAGGUGAUAUCAUUGUUGCCAGAGUAAUACACGGUGGUCUGGCUGAUCGAAGUGGGUUGCUGUAUGCUGGUGACAAACUGGUGGAAGUGAAUGGAGUUUUAGUGGAUGGAUUGGAACCUGAGCAAGUUAUCCAGAUCCUGGCUAGGUCAGAGGGGACUAUUGUGUUCAAGCUUAGUCCAGUCAAUGAUCGUUAUAUAAGCAGCCACACAAUGCUGUACGUCCGAGCAAUGGCAGAUUACUGGCCUCAGCAGGAUCCGGCCAUACCUUGUGCUGAUGCUGGUUUGCCAUUCCAGAGGGGAGAAAUCCUACAGAUUGUUGACCAGAACGAUUCUUUGUGGUGGCAGGCAAGAAAAGCCUCAGAUCUCGGUAGAUGUGCUGGGCUUAUUCCAUCCAACCAUUUGCUGAAAAGGAAGCAACGUGAAUUUUGGUGGUCUCAACCCUUUAUGUCCCACUCCUGCAUUAAAGCAUCUCAGUUGAGUACUAUUGGGGAAGAGGAGGAUAUGAAGAUUGAAGAGAAAUUUGUGGAGGCUGAUGAAGAGACAUUUGAGUCAGAGGAACUAAAAGGAGGUAAUGUGAUUUGUAAAUUCUUCUGCUCAGUACAUAGAAAUAGCAAUCACUUAGUACAGGACAUCUACAUCAGUAUGCCUCAGGACCUGGCAACAAUAUGGAUGCAGCCACAGCGACAUAACUACAGAUUAGAGUAUUUUGGCCAGGAAAAAGAAGACGAAUUUAGAGAUAAAGAUGGGAACAUCAUUGCUGGUUUCAGAAGAAGUAUGCGUCUUUGCCGAAGGAAGACUCUUAUCAACCAUAUGUCCUGCUAUUCACGCUGCCCCAGUAACUGCUAUCAUACUGUAGCUGCCCCCUACGAAGAGGUUGUGCGUUAUCAGAGACGCCCUUGUGACCGUCAUAGACUGAUUGUCCUCCUUGGUCCUUCUGGGGUUGGAGUUAAUGAAAUGAGAAAGCAACUUAUUGAUUUAAAUCCCUCUAUGUUUAAAAGUCCAGUGCCACAUACCACUCGCCAGAAGAAGACAUAUGAAGAAAAUGGUCGAGAAUAUUUUUUUGUGUCAAAAGAAGCAUUUGAAAGCAUGGUCUACAGCCACGGAUUUCUGGAGUACGGAGAAUAUAAUGGACACAUGUAUGGUACAAGUGUGGAAGCAGUCAAAGCAGUGCUUGAUGCUGGAAUGAUAUGUAUUAUUGAUUUGGAGCCACAGUGUAUUACAGGGGUUCGAACGCAUGAGCUUAAACCCUAUAUUAUAUUCAUCAAACCCCCCAGCAGGAAUUGCAUGAGAUAUACACGAAAAAAUGCCAGCAUCUUCACAGAUUACUAUGUUAAUAUGAAAUUCAAGGAAGAGGAUUUCCAGGAGAUUGAAGAAUCUGCAAAGAAAAUGGAAGUUCAGUUUGGUCAAUUCUUUGACCAAGUGGUGGUGAAUGACAAUUUAGAAUCUGCUACUGUACAGCUAAUGUCUAUUCUACGUUGUGCACAAGAUGAGCCUCAGUGGAUUCCAGCAUCUUGGAUCUGUUUGGAUUCCUAAUAAUAACAUGAAUGGAAAAUAUCAUUUGAGUGGCUUUAGCAGUUUUUACACAGGCUUCAAAUUCUUACAAUUCUUGUAAAAUAAGAUAUUAUAAAUUAUAGACAUAGCCAAA